CCUCUACCGCGUCAACCUCCCCCUAUUUUAUUCUCCCUGUAAGUAAAGUAAUCACUCCUACAUAGACCAAGAUUCAAUCUUUAUACUAUAAAAUUUCUCUUCUUUAUCAUCUCAUACCAUUCGUCUCUAAAGUUCACUCCUUUAUUCCAAGAUUUCAAUUUUUUAUAGACAAUUUCUCUUCUUGGUAUUUGAGAAAAGCCUUCAUCUUUUACUCCAAGAUUGAAUUUUUAUACAAAAAUAUCAUUUGGGGUAUAGGCAAAAAGUGUCAAAAAUGGAGAAUUCUCAAUCAUCUUUCUAUCAAUUCAGUGAUAAGCUUCGUUUACAAACAACCAACUUAGCAAAAUUGUCUUCAAAUGAUUCAAUUUGGAGCAACAAUUAUGUAUCAAAAAAGCCUGAAGAAAGAAGAAACUUUGAUAUUAGAGUUGGUGGUGAGCUUAUAAAUUCUGUUAUUAGUUCUAAUAUUCCAACAAAAAAUCUCAAUUCAGAUUACAAUCUCUUUAGCAAUAAAGGGGUUUACACAAACCCUUUGAAUUUCAGUUACAGUAGUAGUAGUAAGGGUAGUAGUGAAAAUAACAAUAACAAUAACAAUAACAAUAUUGUUUUGAAUUCAAAAGGGGUUAUGAAGAAAAGUGGAAAAUUUGGUUAUGAGGUUGAAAAUGGCUAUUUUGUAAAUAAAUUUGGCAAGAAAAAUAAUAACAAGAUUAAUAGAGAGAGUAAUUACAAGGAUGAGAAUAAGAAUAUUGGUGUAGAGAAGAGGUUCAAGACAUUGCCAGCAUCAGAGUCAUUACCAAGAAAUGAAACAGUUGGUGGAUAUAUUUUUGUUUGCAACAAUGAUACUAUGCAUGAGAAUCUCAAAAGGGAGCUCUUUGGCUUGCCGCCUCGUUACAGGGAUUCAGUUCGCCAAAUAACACCCGGCUUGCCUCUUUUCCUCUACAACUACUCAACCCACCAGCUUCAUGGGAUAUUUGAGGCUGCGAGCUUUGGUGGGUCCAAUAUUGAUCCUACAGCGUGGGAGGACAAGAAGAACCCUGGUGAAUCGCGCUUUCCUGCUCAAGUGCGCGUUGUGACAAGGAAAAUUUGUGAACCACUUGAAGAGGACUCAUUCAGGCCAAUCCUUCACCAUUACGACGGUCCUAAGUUCCGCCUUGAAUUAAACAUUCCAGAGGCCAUCUCUCUCCUGGACAUUUUUGCAGAGAAAAAUAUACUGAAUAGUUUGUUCAAUUGAAGGUGCUACUAUAGAUAGGCAAUUAUAUGAUAUGUGUAUAGGCAAUAUAUGUGAUGUAAAGGAGCUGUGAUUUCCUUUGCAGACUAAUGUUACAAACCGUUUUGUAUUAUAGCAGGCUUUUGCAUAUAUAAAAGUAAAGUAAAACCAGUUCUCUUUU